UUGACUUGAUAGAAAAUCUGAUAGUUAUUUGUUCGUAAUAUAUAUUUUAGAAAAUAUUUUCAAGAAAACACAAAACAUCGAUGUAAUUAGCAAAAGUAUGUGAGGCAAUUUGAUAUUGCCACUCUAUUCACGUAAGGCGACCAAAAGUUACAAAUGAAAUAUUGGUAUCUGUUGUUUUGGACGCUGUUGGUGACAGUGCAGGGAUUUCCGAAAGAGAGGAAAGUUGAAGAAACUCAUUCACCACAAAUACAAUUGCCUGUUAACAAAAACAAAGUAAACGUAGCAAGGGACUGCAAGCAAUCUAAGUGUGCAUCGAAGUGCGCGACGAGUAUAGCUCAAAAAGCAGCUGCUGAGGCCAAGGCUGCUCACGCUGCCCAAAAUGCAGCUGGUGCCCAGGCAUCACAUAUGGUAAAAACUCAACUAGCAGAGAAGGCGUUACAAGCGGCGAAGGCUGCAGAAGCAGCCUUAGCUGGUAAACAGGCGGUUGUAGAACAGCUGCAACAGGAGGUCAAGGAAGCCGAGGCGGUAGUUGCGGAGAACACUGGCGCAGUUCACCAGCAACAAGCUGCGGUGAAUGCUGCUAUUCAAGCUGCACAACUAGCUACUGCACAGCACAAGUUGCUGUGUCAGGCGGUGCAACUUUCCGCUCAACUGGAAAAGGCAGCUCAUUCUGUACUGGACAAGGUGAAGAAUGGCCUACAAGAGAAAUGUCACAACUUGGCAGAAUCAAGGUCUAGGUUAGCGCAUCUGCAACAUAAAUUGCAAUGUGCUUGUGCAGAAUGCGCAGCCACUAAGCAAGCUGCGCAUGCUGCUUGUGAAGCCGCAAGAGCAGCUUGCGGGAAUGCUAGAAGGAAAAAACGUAUGAACAAACGGAAGGCACCUACAAAAAGACAAAUUAAACGGGGACGAUGACCGUGGCACUAUAAAUAGGUGACAAAGUAGUAAAAGAUGAACAAGAGACUGGAAAUAAAAAAUAAUCGAAUAAGUACUUUUGAAAAUCAAUACAAUACAAUAAAAAAAUCGACUAAUUUUAAAUGAGCAGAUUCUUUUUCUCAACAACAAGCUUUAAGGUUAGGAAACAAGUAAACUUUCUAUAACUGUAUCCAUAUAAUUUGAAUAGCACAAUAGAAAGGUAUAUUGAGAAAGGUGUGAUUUUAGAUUAAUUAUGUAUACUCAUUUUGUUGAUAAUUAUUAUGUUAAGACAUGUCGUCGAAGAUGUUUUUAAUAGUGAUUGUUUUAAGUUUCUGAUAAAUAUAGUUGAUAGGAUUGUUUUAUUUGUGAAUAUCAUAUUUUCCAUGCGUAUUUCUUCCAUAUUUAUUUUCAUAAUU